GUACUCCAGUGCUCUCCGUGCAAGUUGCGAACCCACCAGUGGUGUUUCCUCUUCUUCAACGUCGUCCUCUUCCAUGCCUUGUUGUUUGGGGCGGACAUUGUCGAGGAGUAUCUCCUGCAGCCCACGCCUCGGGUCUACACCGAUGCCAUAGUUGUUGAUGUAAGAGAGAGAGCAAGGAAACUAGAUCUGAGCAGCGCCAGGGAGAACAUUUCCCACGAGUACCCACUGACUAACCCCAAUGCCUGCAGAAACGCCAACCUCUUCCUCCUCGCUCUGGUCUUCAGCUCCACAGCUAAUGUCACUCAAAGAGAUGCAGUGAGGAAGACAUGGGCCAACCAAACACUCAUACAAGGCUUCCCAGUUCGGAUACUGUUCUUCCUUGGAUCAACUGACACUUCCGCUGCGCAACAGGCCCUCAUGAUAGAGUCUGACCGCCAUGGGGACAUGAUCCAAGGUCACUCUGUGGCCGACUCGCCUCUCCGUGGCCCAACAGAAAUGACAGUGUUGGCCCUCCGCUGGGUGAUCACCUUCUGUCCCGUGGCGCGCUUUGUCCUGCUGACCAAGGACUCCGUGUUUGUGAACCUCCCGGCCAUCGGAGGCUACCUACUCGGGCUGCACCGGCACCCAGAGGACUUUUAUUUAGGAAGGGUGAUCCAGAGAGAAUCCCCUGACAGGCGCCCCAAUAGUCCUGGCUACCUGCCGGCAGCACGCUACCCCGAUAAGUACCUACCUGAAUACUGUGAUGGAAUGGCUUACGUUUUAUCCCAGGAUGUGGUCAGAAAAGUGUACGUGGCGUCUGCAGCGGUCCAUGCACUUGUGCCGGCGGAUGUUUUUGUGGGCCUUUGUGCCCAGAAGGCCGGCGUCACACCAAAACACAGCUCCAGGUUCUCAGGAGAGAAACAUAUCCGCUACAACGCCUGCUGUUACCGGUAUUUGUUCAGCUCGGCAGCGAUGGAAAGCCACGAUCUAGAAAGAGUGUGGGCAGACCUGGGGCAGAAGGGUGGAAGAUGCUCCCUGUUACAGACCUACUCUGGCCUGUUGAUCUGCAAGACUCUCACAUACCUGGAUAAACUAUCUUUUUUCAACUCCAAAGGAUGA